ACAGGAUUGUCCUCCAAAUUUAUAAACGCCAUUUUCGCUGUCUCGGAACACAAUGAGCACGCCUUCAAACACUCCUCCCAUCGGCGUCGGGGGCGCAGGCUCCGCCGUGGGCGCGCCGAUACGGUCUCAGACGAAAGAGGGGACUAAUAGCAACUUGGGCACGUUCGGUGUCAAAUCGGGUCUGGCGCAGAUGUUGAAGGGGGGCGUAAUUAUGGACGUCGUGAACCCGGAUCAGGCACGGAUAGCCGAGGAGGCAGGAGCAUGCGCCGUCAUGGCACUCGAACGCGUCCCCGCGGACAUUCGCCGCGAGGGAGGAGUUGCAAGAAUGAGUGACCCCCACAUGAUCAAGCAAAUUGUCGAUGCCGUGACCAUCCCCGUCAUGGCGAAAGUGCGGAUCGGCCAUUUCGUCGAAGCCCAGAUUCUACAGAGCAUUGGGAUUGAUUACAUCGAUGAAUCCGAGGUGCUGACCCCUGCGGACGAGGAGCACCACAUAAACAAACACUCGUUCAAGGUUCCGUUCGUCUGUGGGGCACGAGACCUCGGAGAGGCACUUAGGCGCAUCUCUGAGGGCGCUGCGUUCAUCCGCUCAAAGGGCGAAGCUGGCACGGGCAAUGUCGUUGAAGCCGUGCGGCACCAGCGCGCCAUUGCAAGUGCAAUCCGCCAGGUGAGCGUAAUGAGCGAGGAGGAACUGUACGUGUUCGCAAAGGAGAUCCAGGCGCCGUUCCAUCUGCUCAAGGAGACCGCGAGGCUCAAGCGCCUACCGGUGGUCAACUUCGCUGCGGGCGGUAUUGCCACACCUGCGGACGCUGCGUUGAUGAUGCAACUCGGCUGUGACGGAGUUUUUGUUGGUUCGGGAAUCUUCCAUUCUGGCGACCCCGCCAAGCGCGCGCGUGCGAUCGUACAAGCGGUGACACAUUACAACAAUCCAAAAAUUCUCGCCGAGAUAUCCGAAAACAUUGGUGCGCCCAUGGUGGGCCUUUCCAUUGAUGCCGACCUUCAGGGUGGUCGUAUGGCCAAACGCGGCUGGUAAAUUAUGGUUAUCAGAGAAUCAAAGACGAAAUGAGAAAGCCUUUAUAUGGAUUAUAAUUCUCGUAUUACCUGCUAGAAGUACCAGUUGAGUAUAUGUAUGAAAAGCUCUAUUGGACCGAACUUGUUGAGUGUC